ACCCUGUCAUCAGUUAUCACCUUAACACGUGAGGCGACUUCCAGAAGAGAAAAGGAAAUGACUGCCAGGUUUCUUCCGCUCCUCGUGGUACUGUCCGUGUACAGCGCUGCACAAGCACAAGCACACUAUGCUCCAUGCUCAUCGAACCCGUGUGCUAAUGGAGGAACUUGUACUGACAAAACACCGUUCUCUUUCAUAUGCAAAUGUGCUCCAGGAUUCUCAGGUGGUCAUUGUAAAGGAGCCGCUGACAAGUGCUUUAAUACACCUUGUAAGAAUGGAGGCAUCUGUAAAAAUAACCCGAAUGGACACACUUGUACAUGCUUGCUGGGAUAUGAAGGAGCUAAUUGUGGAAAAAAAUGUCUACAGAAGAAACUGGAUAUUCUUCUUAUCGAGGACAUAUCUUCUUCUAUCUCCCCAGACGCAUACAGGCAGAUAAAGGAUUUUGAAAUGGAACUGCUCUCUUAUGCCCGCAUAAAAAAAACUUUAAUCAACGUGGCUUUCUUGGUGUAUUCAGGAAAGGCUCAAGUGAACUUUUUGCUGAAUUCACACCCGAACAACAAAAGAGCCGCUAUUAAUGCUGUAAACGCUCAAAAACAAAAAGGUGGUUCCACCUUCCUCGGUGAUGCUAUCAACAUGGCUGUAUCUGAUGUGUUUGUAGAGGAAAAUGGCGACCGUCCAGACGCAGAUAACAUUGUUAUCUUGUUUACGGAUGGGAAAAGUAGCAAAAAGUCGACCAUAUCAAGGAACAUAGGUCGUCUCCUUACAGAGGCAAUCGUUUUUGUUGUUCCAACGUCAUCAGAUCUCGACCUGGAGGAUAUUAGCGAGGUAGCGUCAUCUCCCGAUGAAGAACAUAUUUUCUCCUUGAGCAACCCUUUGGCACUUGAUGAAAUCAAGGAGAGAACCAUCUAUAUGAAGUGUGGAGUAAAUGUUGCAUUAAGGGAAUAAACACCGAAGAUCUUGCAAAAAAACCUGAUAUUGGAAACAUUAUGUUAAAAUAGUUCCAUGAAUAAAAACAGGUGCAUGAUG